AACCUAAAGUAACAUGAAAUAUCAGUUUGUUACAAAUUGCGAUAGAAUUGCGGGAUUUUGACGCAAACUAUGUAAUUUAGCAUAAAUGACCUCAAUCAUGUCAAGCGGUGAUGACAGAAAACACCAAGUGGAUGAUUCCUUCAUGCUCAAAGCUACUCAACAACAAUUUCAAAGGCUAGACAUCAUGUUUGGUGAAAUUAAAGACAAAAUGGAGAAGAAAGAUGCAGCCAUUGCCAAGUUAUACCAAAUACAGAAUGGAAGUCCAAAUUUGCAUAAUCACGAUCUUGAUGACAAUGAUGAAGAUGCAUUCAACGAUGAUGCCCAUAACUCAAAUUUCAGCAUGGACAGAUUUAUGAGAGGUAGAGGGGGUCAAAGAUAUAGAUUUAACAAAGGAGACCAAAAUCUGGCAAGGUGGGGAGAUCAGCAAGAUCACGACUUAGGCAGCAUCAAGAUGAAGAUUCCUCCAUUCCAAGGCAAAAAUGAUCCAGAUGUGUAUUUGGAGUGGGAAAAGAAGGUGGAAUAUGCCAUUGGUGGAGAACUGCUUGUCACUAGUUGUACUAAUGCAGAUAGCACUGUUUUAGUUGAAAAGCUCAAUUUACCUAUGAUGAAGCAUCCAAGGCCAUAUAAACUGCAAUGGUUAAACGAUUGUGGAGAAAUCAAGGACUUCAAGGAUGUGUUUCCAGAUGACGUUCCUAAUGGUUUACCCACCAAUAAGAGGAAAGAACUUAAUGAGCAUCAAAUUGACUUCAUUCCUGUUCCAGUGCUACUUGUGCCUAAGAAGGAUGGGACUUGGCGUAUGUGCGUUGAUUGUCGCGCGGUCAACAAAAUCACUGUAAAGUAUCGUCACCCUAUUCCUAGAUUAGAUGACAUUUUAGAUGAGUUACAUGGUUCUUGCAUAUUCUCUAAAAUUGAUUUAAAGAGUGGAUAUCAUCAGAUUAGGAUGAAGGAAGGUGAUGAAUGGAAAACAGCCUUUAAAACAAAACAUGGUUUAUAUGAGUGUAAGAGUUUAACUGAUCAUAUUGAGCAUUUGCAAAUGGUACUUGAGGUUCUAAGAAAAGAAAAGUUGUUUGCUAACCUUAAAAAGUAUUCCUUUUGCACAAAUCAGAUUGUCUUUUUAGGGUAUUUUGUUGCAGCUGAUGGACAAACAAAAGUGGUUAAUAGGACGUUGUCAACCUUAUUGCGUUCUAUUAUUCAGAAGAACUUGAAGAACUGGGAAGAGUGUUUGCCGCACGUUGAAUUUGCAUAUAACCGGAGUGUCCAUUCAGCAACUAACUCUUCGCCAUUUGAGGUUGCAUAUGGUUUUAAUCCACUCACUUCUUUGGAUUUAUUGCCAUUACCUAUUGAUGAACAAGCUAGUUUGGAUGAGAAAAAGAAAGCUGAAUUGGUUAAGCAACUACAUGAGAGGGUGCAGAAAAACAUAGAGCGACGAAUUGAGCAAUAUGCAAAUCAAGCCAACAAAGGGCAACCUGGACAUUGGGUUUGGGUGCAUAUGCGGAAGGAGCGAUUCCCUGCACAAAGGUGUUCUAAGUUGCAACCAAGAAGCGAUGGACCAUUUCGAGUGAUUGCAAGGAUAAACGACAACGCAUACAAGUUGGAGCUUCCUGGUGAAUAUAAUGUUAGUGCUACCUUUAAUGUUUCUGAUCUUUCUCCUUUUGAUGGUGUAGCGUCAACCAACUUUAUACCUCUGGUUCUUGUUGCGUCAUGGACAACGGGUCAAGGCAAAAAUGAUCCAGAUGUGUAUUUGGAGUGGGAAAAGAAUGUGGAAUUGGUGUUUGAUUGCCAUAACUACUAUGAGGAGAAAAAGGUGAAACUAGCAGCGGUGGAAUUUACUGAUUACACUAUGGUGUCAUGGGAUCAGCUUGUGCUUAGUCGACAUAGAAAUCGAGAGCAUCCUAGCCUUACUCAAGGGUCCAAAAGCAUUGAGGAUUAUCACAAGGAGAUGGAAAUCGCAAUGCAUUAUGUUGAAUUAGAGGAUAUGGUGCACAUGGCAAUGAAAGUAGAAAGGCAACUCAAGCAUAAAGGUGCCACCACUAGAACUGGGCAAAAUCCAGGUUCCUCAUUUUCUUGGAAACCAAAUUGGAGCAAAAAGGAAGAAAAUUCUGCUUUUAAGCCUAAAACUUCAGCAUCUAAAGGGCAUAUUGCAUCGCAAUGCCCUAAUAAGCACACGAUGAUCUUGAAAGAGGAUGGAGAAAUUGAAACAGAGGGUGAAUCUGAUGAUGACUCUAUGCCACCAUUGGAAGAUGCUGAUGAUGGCAUGGAAUAUGCUGUUGAUGGAGAACUGCUUGUCACCAGGCGUGCUUUGAAUGUGCAAGCCAAAAAAGAUGAGGAAGUACAACGCGAUAACAUAUUUCACAUGAGGUGCCAUAUCAAAAAUAAGGUAGGUAGUGUGAUUAUUGAUGGUGGUAAUUGUACUAACGUAGCUAGCACUGUUUUAGUUGAAAAGCUUAAUUUACCUAUGACGAAGCAUCCAAGGCCAUAUAAGCUGCAAUGGUUAAACGAUUGUGGAGAAAUCAAGGUAAAUGAUGGGAAUCAAGAUGAUCCCACAUGUACCACAUCAAGAGAUCCAUUCCACAUUCCAGGAGGUCCAAUCACGAGAGCUAGAGUUGGGAAGAUGCGAGAAGCUUUAAAUCGAAGCUUGGAUGAUUAUCAAGGUAUGGUAAACAUCAUUCAGGUUCAAGAAAAGCUUAGUUGUGGUCAUUUGUGUCAAAAUCGCACAAUUCUGUGGCAAUUUGUAGCAAACUGAUAUUUCAUGUUAUUUUAGGUUAUUUUUAGUGAUUUUCACGUUUUUUGUAUUAUUUUUGGGCUGAACAUUCGCUUAUUUGAAGCCCAAUUCGUGGUUAUUAGGUUUAGGACUUAGGGUGUUAGUUUCCUAUUCUGAUUAGGAUUUGUUUUCUCUA